UUAUUUAAGAACUACCAACAGACUCACCUAUCCGCGAUCCGCGCUUCGAAAUUGAAAGCCAUUUCAGGCGUUUGACCAAACGGGUAAAAGGACUUUUCAAAGCUUCUAUUCAGUUUUUAAACGAGAACUGGUUUAUUUUACAAAAACGCGAUUUUGAUGCAAUGGCGCACACGAUACUUCUAGUCCAGCCGGGUGCGAACCCUGAAACUAGAACCUACUCAGACUAUGAAUCCGUAAACGAGUGUAUGGAAGGGGUGUGUAGAAUUUACGAGGAGCACCUUAAGAGACGCAAUCCGAAUACACCUACCAUAACUUACGAUAUUUCUCAGUUGUUUGAUUUUGUGGAUCAGCUUGCAGACUUGAGCUGCUUGGUGUACCAGAAAUCGACAAACACGUACGCGCCGUAUAACAAGGACUGGAUAAAGGAAAAAAUUUAUAUACUGUUACGGCAGGCUGCCGGUCACACUGACUACAAUUUCUGAUCUUAAAUGAUUUUUUAUUUUUUACGAUUUUCCCGGGAGUUUAAUGAUAAUUUUAGUUUUUAAGGUUACCUUAAAAUAUGUUCGGUAUUUUGAAAAAGUAAAAGGCUAUUA